GUCACCACUGACCGACACAUCUUUGUCAGUGAACAAAAUGGCAACCUACUGUCUCACUGUCGCCCGGCUUCAGCUGGCACUGGGCCACGGGGCAAGGCGCCUGCAUGUAUCAGCAGCUUACAGAGCCAAGGCCAAGGUGUCUAUGAGCCGCUUCGAGCCCACUUCCUUCGUCAAUUAUGAGAGGCUCCAAUCCAACAUUGACAUUGUGCGAAAAAGACUCAACCGGCCACUCACCCUGUCAGAGAAGAUCGUAUACGGCCACCUCGACGACCCCCACAACCAGGAGAUUGACCGCGGUCGCACGUACCUGCGGCUGCGUCCCGACCGCGUGGCCAUGCAGGACGCCACGGCCCAGAUGGCGAUGCUCCAGUUCAUCAGCAGCGGCCUGCCGAAGGUAGCCGUGCCCUCCACCAUCCACUGUGACCACCUGAUCGAGGCCCAGACCGGAGGAGUGCAGGAUCUGGCUAGAGCAAAGGAAGUCAACCAGGAGGUCUACAAAUUCCUGUCCAGCGCUGGGGCAAAGUAUGGAGUUGGCUUCUGGAAACCAGGCUCUGGAAUCAUCCAUCAGAUCAUCCUAGAGAAUUACGCCUACCCAGGAGUGAUGCUAAUCGGCACAGAUUCCCACACACCAAACGGCGGAGGGCUUGGUUCCAUCUGCAUCGGCGUUGGAGGAGCAGACGCUGUAGAUGUCAUGGCAGGAAUCGCCUGGGAGCUCAAGUGCCCCAAGGUGAUUGGCGUGAAGUUGACCGGUACCCUCUCAGGCUGGACGUCUCCUAAGGAUGUCAUCUUGAAAGUGGCCGGCAUCCUGACAGUGAAGGGAGGCACCGGAGCCAUCGUAGAGUACCACGGACCAGGAGUUGACUCCAUUUCCUGCACUGGAAUGGCCACCAUCUGCAACAUGGGAGCAGAGAUUGGAGCCACGACCUCAGUGUUCCCCUACAACCACCGCAUGAGGACCUACCUGGAGAAGACUGGACGUGGUGAGAUCGCUGCCCUGGCUGAUGAAUACUCUGACUCGUUGGUACCAGAUGAAGGCUGCGAGUAUGACGAGCUCAUCGAGCUCAAUCUGGACCAGCUGAAGCCCCACAUUAAUGGACCCUUCACCCCUGACCUGGCUCACCCGGUGUCUGAAGUGGGUGCUAUUGCUGAGAAGAACGGCUGGCCGCUGGAGGUUAAAGUUGGUCUGAUCGGCAGCUGUACCAACUCCAGCUACGAGGACAUGGGCCGCGCUGCCUCUGUGGCCAAGCAGGCUUUGGAUAAAGGCCUGACGUGCAAAGCUCAGUUCACAGUCACCCCCGGCUCGGAGCAGAUCCGCGCUACCAUCGAAAGAGAUGGAUAUUCAAAGAUCCUCGGUGAUGUUGGAGGCGUGGUCCUGGCCAACGCAUGUGGACCCUGCAUUGGACAGUGGGACAGGCAGGAUGUGAAAAAGGGAGAGAAGAACACGAUCGUCACUUCCUUCAACAGAAACUUCACUGCCAGGAAUGACGCUAACCCUGCAACCCACGCCUUUGUUACCUCCCCUGAGAUUGUCACUGCGCUCGCAAUCGCCGGCACGUUAAACUUCAACCCAGAGACGGAUUACCUCACAGCCGCCAACGGCGAGAAGUUCAAGCUGGACCCCCCCAACGGAGAUGAGCUACCUGCCAAGGACUUUGACCCGGGCCAGGACACCUACCAGCACCCGCCCCCUGACGGCUCCAGCGUUAAGGUGGACGUCAGCCCUACAAGCAACCGGCUCCAGCUGCUGGAGCCUUUUGGAAAAUGGUGUGGCGGUGAUCUCGAGGACAUGAAGGUCCUCAUCAAGGUGAAGGGCAAAUGCACCACAGACCACAUCAGCGCCGCCGGACCUUGGCUGAAGUUCCGCGGCCACCUGGAUAACAUCUCCAACAACAUGCUGAUCGGUGCUGUCAACAGCGAGAACGAUGCCAUCAACAAGAUUAAGAACUACCUGACCGGGGAGUACGGACAGGUCCCCGAUGUGGCCCGUCACUACAAGGCCAACAGUGUGUCCUGGGUUGUGGUGGGAGAUGACAACUACGGUGAGGGCUCCAGCAGAGAGCACGCUGCGCUGGAGCCCAGACAUCUGGGAGGAAAAGCCAUCAUUGUCAAGAGCUUCGCCAGAAUUCACGAAACUAACUUGAAGAAGCAGGGUGUGCUGCCACUGACCUUCAGCAACCCGUCAGACUACGACAAGAUUCGCCCUGAUGACACGAUCUCCAUCAGGGGGCUCAAAACCUUCGCUCCAGGAAAGCCUCUCACCGCGCUCGUGAAGCACAGCGACGGCAGCGAGGAGGCCCUGGAACUAAACCACACCUUCAACGAGACACAGAUCGAAUGGUUCCAGGCAGGCUCCGCCCUCAACAGGAUGAAGGAGCUGCAAUGAUGGAGAGGAGUGAGAGGAACAAAACAUGUGGAGGAGGAUUUUCGGUGGGCUGGAGGGGACAGGGUGGUGUGGAUUGUGUGGAAGUUGGGAGAAUAACAUUGGUGCUGUUAAUGAUUGUUCCUUCAUCUGCAUUUGCACACCGUUUGAACUGAAGAAGCGUGUCUGUAUACCUCCCUAAAAGUUAAACGUAGAUUAAUUCAUACAAAGUGCCAUGCUAAUGUUGAUGAUGGAACAAUAGCAACUGGUCUGCGGUUAGAUAUUUUCAAAAAACGCCAUUUUGUCAGGGCAUAGUGUUCUUCAAGGUACUGUAAGCUGCUAUGUUUUAAAGUCAAACAGUGAUAACCGGUUAGAAAUCUGUCCGUUAUAAAAUCAAAGCUUUGAUGAGCACACAAACACACACACACUUUUUAACACACUAAGCUUUGACCCGAGCCGCGGCAUAAUGCCCUGCCAGCUGAUGUGCUGCCUGGGUUUUUGCAGCUGUUCAAACAGUUCUGUAGCCACUUGACACUGGAGCUCAGCCAGCUAUUCACACACUUGAGGAUUGUGUUGCACACUGCAUGCACGGCAAUAAUCUGCUUUAGUCAACCAUUGUCAUUCAACCUGCCCCGGUGUUAUUUACACUCCACUUUGACGAGGUAAACGCAGCCAUUGGCUGCAACCCUGGGUCCGUUUGUUAAGUGUAGUUGUCACUGCAAUGACCACGUGGAUCCAAAAAGAACUUGGUGGCACACGCGUUCUUUUAUUUUCUCACAUACUUGCGGACCGCCUGUCUGCCUCCUAGUGGCCUCGAGGAGAUACUGUAGUGUCGACGAGGCUAAAUGACAGUUUUUUAAAGCAGCACCUAGUUGACACAACUGUUUUUCUAGGGAUUGUUUAAAGGCAUUCUGGGAAACAGGAAAUCACAUAAGUGCUUGCGGCCGUUUGAGAACAAGUGGAUUCAACGUAAAGGUAAAUUAAGCUCACUUGACAGACUGAUUACUGUACAUCGUUACAGUGAGAACAUUAAGGGGUCUGUUUUUGUAUCCAUGUUUUUAUUCACAAUAGAACAUAUUGUCAAUGUUUCCUAACUUUCCAUUUCCUAAUAUCCUGAUUUGUAUGCUUUAAUAGGGUCUAAGAAUGGUGGAAGAAAACCUCCUUCUUUCCCUGACACCGUUACUUCCACCAUCUUUAAACUGCCCUCCUGAUUAAUACCUUUCCUCUUUACAAGGCCAAAUUCAUCCCCCUUUGUUUAUUUAUUUAUAUAUAUUGUUUUCUGCUAAAUGUUCAGAUCCUGUGGGCUAUUUCAUAAACUUCUUUUUAUGGACAUGACUCAUUCUGUUUUCGGUGCCCUUUUUUUGUCGGAUAGCAUAGUCACUUUUUGUGGUCCUUUUUUACCUCAACAAAAGUGUAUUAAGAAAAAGUAACCGCCCAGUCAGUUUUGUAAUGACUGAUGUCUAACUGUAAAUUACCACUUGGUUUAAGUAACGUCAACAAAAGGGAUCAUUACAUCGGAUCAGAAGCAAGAUGCGUUUUUGUCUUUAUGCCUACUUUUACUUCCCAGUCCCUGCAAACUAAAUGCGUUAAGAGGUUAAUGAUCAGAUGGAGGCAAAACCACUUCCUUACUCUAACUGACUGUAUGUGAAGUGUCUGGGUCCAUGUACAUUUUAAGUGUUAUUUUUCUCCCAGAUUAGCUUUUCUGUAUUACAGAAAUGCCAAUGGGUUGUAAAAUAAAAAUAACAGAUCUCAUUUAUUUA